AUGCCUCGCAAAGACUUUCAGAAAGACCUGAUUGGUGCAAAGACACCAAGCAGGUUCCCUCAUCUGAGCGGUGUCAGAGCAGGAGAUCAUGAUGGCUCCAUCACAUUUACGUUUACCGAUGCCUCCACAGGCACCAGUAUUGAUUUUCAAGCCAUAGUAUCAGAUACACAAGACUACCCCGAAAGUCACGCGUACUUUGUCUUCACCACAUCCGAAGAUCCUCCUUCAAGGGUCGCUAUAGUUCUAGAAAAUGCUCAAUCCAGGUUCUCAGGGGUUUCACUUGAGGAUUUCCUCAAUUACAUCGACGAGCUCGUCCAAGAUGCGCUGCGACAACCUGAUAUCGAAGCAGAUGAUGAUGAUGAUGAUGAGGUUGUUUGUGGGGCUGAGGACGAGACUGGGUUUGAUGACGACGACGACAACAACAACGACUGGGAAUUGGACAGUGAACCGGAAUUUGUCAUUUCUGAGACGGACCACAAAGAUCUACUGAAGACCCUGCGCCGCGACCUUCGCGCUGUGAAAAAUGCUGGUCUGAAAGUGGGCUAUCUGGGAUCACUGACAGGCUCUAUAAUCGUGUCAGUCUCCUGUCGCAUCGGUAGACUAGGUAUCUCCGAGGAGGCCAUGCAAGCAUGGGAUGUCCGUGCUUCGGAAUACUUGGUUCUGCUCAUUCGUUAUCCAGCGACGUAUGUGCAUUUUCAGAAACUGCUGGCGCUCGGGAACACAAAGUACUCUGCGAUCCAGUUCCACGUCGGAUUAUGUGAUUCUUACAAGCCAACUCUUGAAGACGCCACACGAGCCUUUCAAGGAGAUCUUCCACUGCCCAAAGAAGGCCUAGGAGGGACCGCUCACCGAUUGAAACCACUUUUCAUUGGGCAACCGCUGGACUCACUCCUGAACGAGAGAUUUCUCCGUAUUAUGGAACUGCGAUAUCAUCUCCGCCUGUCAUGGACCGGAGCUGAGCUUUACAUUCAACAAAAUCAAGGCAGGAAGCCCGAAAAUGCCGCUCUACCCGACGACUAUUUCGAGCCAGACACCUGGGGUAGCUCCACGCCGGCGCUACUCCAAGGCGAUCAUAUAGGUCAAGGUCAUGAGCCCGAUAAAUUGUCCCUGCCGUUGAUAUGCAUGCAGUUUACUCUUCGUCACUUUGUCAAGUGCACGGAAUUCUGCCUGGUCUGUCAUUGCAAAAUCCGCGAUAGUGUUGAAGCACUCAAACCGUACGUUUGCUCCAACGGGUUGUGUUUGUUCCAGUACAUGGCGCUCGGCAUGGGCCCAAGCCUGGAACAUGAGAUUCGAUUCCAACCGAGUGUUGUUGAUUUGCUCAUCAGUUUGACAUAUGCUCGGGCAGUAUUCGGACGUCUCACGGACUUUCCCACAGGCCUAGGUCUCAAAGUCCCAUGGUUUCUAAACAUGAAUAGGCUUGAAGAGAUCGAACGUCAACCGACAGAUACAAAGAAGAAAAAUUCCUCGCAGGUUCAAACCUGCUACAGUGGCAGCCUGGUCCCUCAAACAAUGACUUGCCGCCCGGAUAAGCACCCGCCCUUCAAACACGGAGACUGGGUGGUCAUUUUUCAGACUGGAACGCCCCUGAAAGAAGGACCCUGGCAUUGUCGAGUGCAGGCCAUUGAUGCCGGUACUAGUGAGGUACAGCUCUCCUCUCCGAUUGUGAAGGGGCAGCAGCUCUCCGCAUCCGAACUUCUGCAAGGUCCGUCACAUGCCGUCAAAUUCAUGAUCUACGACAGGAAUUUCGAUGACCUUGACGUUGAUGAUAAAAGAGCAGCGGUCAGACUGCUUCUCGAUACCCUUCCCGAUGUUGAUAAGAUGAAAGCCUUCCUUGGGAACUCCGAUAACAAAAAGCUGGCUGCCUGGAAGGAUGUCAUUUCCCCGGCAGCACUCGACGUGCUGCGUUGGGUCGUUGCGUCAAACCGCUCCUUUAUCAUGGAGGACGAUACCACGCAUUCCGAUCAUCGAGUGACUGGCAUGGGGUCAUACAAGCAGUUUCGGCUUGUCCAGGGGGCGCCAGACAAAGAGCAGCGCUUCAGAGCCGCCGUCGCCGCGAAUACCGCGACUACCAAGACAGAUUACCCGACCAUCUUUGCCUGGCACGGCAGUCCAGUGUACAACUGGCACAGUAUUCUAAGAGAAGGCCUCCACUUCAAAGAGGUCGCAAACGGACGCUCCUAUGGGGAUGGGGUGUACCUGUCUAAUAACUUCAACACAUCCGUGGGUUACACGCGGAGCGGACUCGACUACUCCUGGCCUCAAAGCAAUUUGAAGAUAACGAUGCUGGUCUCACUCAAUGAACUGGUCAACGCGCCAGCUAAGUUCAAACACACCAAUCCGCAUUACGUAGUCACUCAGCUGGACUGGAUUCAGCCGAGAUAUCUCUUCGUCAAAUGUCACGUCCAAGGUGCAGGGCCCAGUGCCCCCGGUGCAGCAAAUCCAAAUCCAUCAGCCAUGUACAUACAAGAUCCGAAAUAUUCAGCCAGGGGGCCGAGUGGAGGCCCGAUCGCCAUUCCGAUCUCUGCCCUCAACAGCCAGCGAAGGUAUAGCUUGGGGCUUCUUCACCAAACCGACCCUGCCAUUAGCAAAUCGCCCUCUCCUCCUGGAGGAAAGAAGCGAAAGCGAGAGGCAGACACGAUGCCUACCCCUGACGACUCGACAAAGAUAGUCUUGCAGGAAGAUGACGUUGUUAGCGUGGCCACGGCAUUCGACGAUCUUCUGGUUCUUCUCUCAGAUGACGAGGGCGAGGUAGAGGAGGCCCCGCCAGUCCAGUCGUCCAAGAACAGUGUGAAAAGUGACUUUGAACCCGGAACUCUCAAAAAGGAAUCCCUUCCCCUGCUCAGACCUCCCCAAUACGCAACAACACCAGCAACCAAAAUCUUACAGCAACAUCUUCGAGCCACCCUCAAAGUUCAAGCUCGGGAGCAUCUUCACGACCUGGGCUGGUACAUCGACCCUGAUUUUAUAACCACAGUAUACCAGUGGAUCGUCGAGCUGCACAGCUUCGACCCCAAUCUACCGCUCGCAAAAGACCUCAAGCAGGCUAACAUGAAAAGCGUUGUGCUUGAACUGCGCUUCCCUCCCGGCUUCCCUAUGGCUCCUCCAUUUGUCCGCGUGAUUCGUCCCCGGUUCCUGGAGUUUGUCAAUGGCGGUGGUGGGCACGUCACCGCGGGCGGGGCCAUGUGUAUGGAACUUCUGACCAAUUCAGGCUGGCUCCCGACGGCAUCUAUCGAGAGCGUGUUGCUGCAGGUCCGAAUGGCAAUCACUAAUACCGAGCCUCGUCCUGCGCGUCUGGCGCUGAAACGGUCUCAUAAGGACUAUUCCGUUGGCGAGGCGGUUGAAGCGUACAAGAGGGCAUGCCUGGCGCAUGGGUGGCAGAUUCCGGAGGAUAUUCAGCGGCUCUCGUGGGCUUGA